AUGCGGCGUUCGGCCUGUGUCGAACGCGUAAGCUGGAAUGUUGUCGCGUAUUUAGAGAUGGAGGCACUAAGGGGCGAGAGCAGCGGAGCUCCUGGGAAGGAUGAGGAUGUGACGGUUUUCAGGGAUGGCGCAAAUGGGGGCGAGAGCAGCGGAGCUCCAGGGAAGGAUGACGAUGCGACAGUUUUCAGGGAUUGCGUAAAUGACCCAUCUGCAAACACAAGCUCGCCUCACGGGUGUCCGCCCGUGGAUGCGCCGACGGUUUGUGUGCUCACGUCUACGACCGUGCUGUUGCUAAGCCUGCUUUAG